AAACACUUUAAACUGCAGUACUGAAGAGACUAAGUUUAUCCCUCACAGCCUCAUUGUCAUUCCCAUAACAAAGAUGGCGCUGCAGUGAAUGAUGAGGACUGCUCUCUGCUGGUCAGAUCCGUCUCUGUCAUCUUUACUUUCGUUUUCUCAAUAAUGAAAGGAACGUUUCACUGGCUCGAUCUGCUGUUUUUCACUUGAUCGCACAAGCGUUCCCUUCCCUGAUCAAGAAUGGAGUACAAUUGUGGACUUCCAGUUCCAGCUGCAUCUUCCACCACUCUAGAAAGCAAACCUAAAAAAGUGACUGUACCUCUGUUCUCUCUCGGAGCAGUUACACCCUUGUUGGCAAAGCAGUGGAGAAAUGUAGAGUGGAGUAAAGAAGAGAGGGAGACACUGGUGGAGUCUGUUAGGUCAUUUAAGCCAGCCAGUGAGACGGUCACUGAAGCCAGAGUUCUGCUGAUCGGUCCAGUCGGUGCUGGAAAGUCCAGCUUCAUCAGUUCUGUGCAGUCUGUGUUCUCUGGACGGGUAAUCAACAGGGCCAUGGUGGGCUCGUCCUCCUCUAGCAGUUUCACUAAAAAGCUUCACUCAUUCACCAUCAGAGGAGCCGGAGAGAAGGCUGAUGAGCCCACUUCUUUAGUGUUGUGUGAUGUGAUGGGUGUGGGUGAAGGUGAAACCACUGGACUCACUCUUCAUGACGCUCUAUCUGUCAUUACCGGACACGCCCCAGAGGGACAUCAGUUUAGCCCUGAGCAGCCUGUUGGUUCUGAUACUUUGGGCUAUGUUAAGAAACCAAGCACCAGAGACAAAGUGCACUGUGUAGUAUUUGUAGUUGAUGGCUUGAAAGUCAGCUCCUACAACAAAAGCUUUGGCACAACAUUCCAGCAGUUAAGAGAACACAUCAGCAAAUUAGGUGUACACCAAGUGGCAUUACUGACUCAUGUGGACCAAGUUUGUAGAGCUACAGGAAAUGACAUCACCCAGGUGUACCAGAGCCAAAUCAUUAAGCAGGCGAUGGUGAAGGCCGCAGAUCUGCUGGGAAUGGCCACAUCCUAUAUUGUCCCUGUGAAGAACUAUUGCUCAGAGCUGGACCUGGAUGAAAACACUGAUGUUCUACUGCUCAAAGCCGUUGACCACAUCUUACGAUACGUAAAUCUGUACUUCCAGGACAACAGAGAGUAAAGCAUGGCUGUGGCAUAGAAAUUAAUAUUGCAGUUACAGAAGUGCCCAAUAUGAGUUCAUCUGUUGUACUUCAGGUCAUUUAUAAAUUUAUAAGUUUCAUUACAUUUUAAUUAGUGCUAUCAGACGAUUAAUAUAUUUAAUUGCAAUUAAUCGCAUAAUAUUUCAUAGAAAAUUUCAAUUUUCCUUUCAAAAUGCAUUUAUUUCUUUUGUAGGGAGGAAAACUAGACCAUAUUAACAAUAAUGCUUAAUUAGCAUCUUCCAAACAAAGCCUUCCAAAAAUGCACUAAGAUAGCACCAAUUGAAGUAUUAUUAAACGUUUCCCAAAGUCUAAAUGGGAGGUUGACUAAUUGAAAGAACUAGUCCCCAUAGGUUGCGUGUUCAUCGCAAUGCACAUUGAGUCUCUCUUUAGCUUUCCACUUCGGAAUUGGAAAUGACAUUACAAAUGUGUGGCAGCUUUAGUGGAAUAACACACUGGCUUAGACAUAACACAACAUAGUGGCAUAACAAAUCCAUUGAACCUCUGUUAUUGUUUACUAAAACUGUUACAUGUGUUUUCUGGCUGCUAAUGCAGUUAUUCUAGAACACAAGGACCAAAUUGAAACAUUGAUGCCGAUUAUUGUGAUUUUCUAUUCUAAAAUGUUAGUUUUAAUUAGAAUUUUUAUCAAACAAUAUAGUGUUGAUUAUUUUUUUCUCCAUCCAUGCUGUUUUCAGAGUUAUCUGAGAGUUUGGCUAACAAAGUUUGGUUACAAGGUUAUUUGUUUAGGGUGUUCAUUUUGUCAAGUUUAGAAGGGUUUUUUUUUUUUUUGGCAUUGUUAAAUAUGUCUGAUCAAGUCUUGUUCAUUGAAGGCAUGUCCUUUGUGGACAGAUGUACAUAGUCUACAUGUUUUGCUAAAACGUUGAGAAUCUGAAGAGUGAUUAAAGAAAUAUUCCUAUCAACAGCACAAAAUUUUAUUAAUUUCGACUCGUCCCUCCUUUUCUUUAAACAAAGAUCUGGGUUACAGUGAGGCACUUACAAUGGAAGUGAAUUGGCCGAGUCCAUAAACAUUCAAAUGCUCAAAUUUUGACAGUAUAACCACAAGUCAUAACAAUAUGUGUGAGAAAAUCAUUUACUAACCGCAUCUGUGUAAAGUUAUAGCCAAUUUUACAACUUCAUAGCCAUGGUGAUGUAACACUGUAAACCUUUAAACAACCUAAAAGAAAACUAUUUUAUUGAAGAUAUUUUAACUAUUUCAGCUGCAAAAUGUUGUUUUAAAAUAAAUAAUACAUGAGUUUUAACAGAAUUUAAUGUAAGUGCUUUUAUAAAAUUAUAAGCGUCACAUUUCUGUUUUAACCCUCCAAAAAUGUACCCCAUUCUCUUCCAUUGUGACUCACUUGGAACACAGAUCUUUUAAAUAAAAGGAGUCGAGUCAAAAUAAAUAGUCGAUUGAGCUUAACUUGUAUUGAACCCGGAACAUUUCUUUAAUAUUGAAUAAUUGUGAGACCAUAACAAAUAUUAUUACACAAUUUAUUUUGUUCC